GGUCUCUAUUCAAACAGACGAAGAAGAAGAAGCUCCAACACGUGGGUUUCCUUACCCUGCGUGGUCUGAAGUCAGGAGUCUGAUCACUCAAUCAGCGGAGAAUUAUUGUUUUUUUUAUCGAUUAAAUUUGAUCAAAAAUGACCAAAACGAAGAAAGAGAAGCUUCCGGCGGACGGAGAGGAGACGGCGGCCUCAGACGGACCGGAGAGGUCUUACCAGGACCUGGUCGCUAAUCUGAACCCGAUCGCCCAGCCGCUGGCCUCCAAAAAACUCAGCAAGAAGCUCUACAAAUGUGUAAAAAAGGGUAAAAACUGUUUAAUGUUUGAGUGGAGAGAGAGGAGGACUGUGUCUGAAAUCUAAAAAACAUCCUACUAAUGUGUUUAAAAGAUUUAGUCACCAAACUCCGUUUAAAAUCGGAAGGAUUUUAACUCUUCAGUGUGUCAGCGGACCUGAAAAAUGCAGCAGAUCCAGAAAUGAGAUAUUAAAUCAUUCAUUGGAUUCUUAGUAUUAAUUCGGUUAAUUAAAAAAUCAUCAAAAGUAGAAACAGACAAAAGUUUGGGUUGAUAAAGAUGUCAGGGAACCUUCGUGUGUGUUCAUGUUUCUGUUACAAACCUGGACCAGCUGCACAGAUAUUCACCUUCUGUUUUAAACCUGAUUCAGUUUCUUCAGGACCUGUUUUUAGGGCCCAGUGUUUAAGACUAAAGAGAAUACGGGGGUCCUGAGGGUCACCUGCGUGGACCUUUUUAUAAACACUAACAGUUUAAAAUGUUCCUUUAAAAGUCACACAGCGGGAAAUAACAGCACCAUAAAAAACAAAAGAAACAAAACAGCAGAGAAUAGAGACAAAAAUAAAUAAAUAAAUAAACUUUAGGAUAAAACAAGAUAUGUGCAUGUGUCUUAUUUACAUCUGUACAGAAUUUGCAUAAUAAUAAUACAAAUAAUGAUACUAACAAUAAUAAUAAUAAUAACAUUAGGGUUUAUUCAAUCAUGUGACAUAAAAACAUCUUAACAAACACAGUCACAAGAAAAAAAAAAUCUAAAAUAUUUUUAAAAAAUGUCCCCAAAGAAUCAAGAAAGUCUCAUUUAAAAAUAUUCAAUAUAAAAGUUUUUUUUGAUUGAACCGGUGAACUUCUCCUGAGCGCUCAGAUCAGUUUAGAAACAGAAACAUUUUUGAACUUUCAACAAAAAAUUCUGAAUUUUAUCAAAGAUUUUUUCUCUGGUGUUUUUAUGUCAAAUCUGUUUUUAAUGUCGACCUUCCAGAAAAAUUCCUGAUAAUUAAAAAUCUUUUUUUUUUUUUUCUGCUGAAGCUGCAAAAGUGAAAAACAUCCGCCGAGGAGUGAAAGAGGUCCAGAAGUUCAUCAACAAAGGAGAGAAAGGGUGAGUCCGCCAUCUUAGUGAGGGACAGGUGUGAACGGAGGGGGCGGGGUUAUUUCUGACUGUUUUUAUUUUUAUUAUUGCCUUUCACUGUGUGAACUUUGACAUCUGUUUUCACUGAAAAUUAUAAAUACAUUUAUUAUUAUUAUUGUUAUUAUAAUAAAUGGACAUGUGACAGAAACACAGGUGAAGUUGACCUGGUUAAACAGGUGAUGUUGACCCCUCCCUCGUGUCUCUGUGGUCAGGAUCGUGGUGUUGGCCGGAGACACGCUGCCCAUCGAUGUUUACUGUCACCUGCCCGUCAUGUGUGAGGACAGGAACCUGCCGUACGCUUACAUCCCGUCUAAACUGGUGAGACUGGAACAGGGUUAGCUUAGCAUGUUAGCUUUGUGCAACACAUGAAUGACUGAGACAGGUAAAGGUAAACAGGUGUACAGGUGUUAGCCUCUGCGCUGACAGCUGAUUGGUUCUCUGUCUCGACCUCCUUCAGCAGAAUGUUUUAAAUUGAUUAAAAAAACUUUAAAAUUGAUUAAAAGAGUUUUAAAAAUUUAAAUGUUUAUUUUUCUUUGAUCGUCUUUCCAGGACGCAGUACUUUUACAUACAUACAUACCGCAUCCAGGACGUGAUAAAAGUUUGAAUCCUCGUCAGUGAUGUUUGUUAUCAUGGCGGCCAUGUUUGUCUUGGUGUGUUUCUGACGUCAUGUGACUCAGUGGGGGGGCUGGUCCUGGUUCUGUUUUGUAGGAUCUGGGUUCGUCUGCAGGAUCCAAGAGGCCCACGUGUGUGAUCCUCAUCAAAGCUCAUCAGGACUAUCAGGAGGCGUACGACGAGUGUUUGGAGGAAGUCAGCAGUCUGCCCAAACCGCUCUGAGGAGACGGCCAAUCAGGGAGCAGCUCUGAGGGGAGGCCAGCCAAUCAGGGAGCAGCUCUGAGGGGAGGCCAGCCAAUCAGGGAGCAGCUCUGAGACCACACCCCUCGCUCCUCUAAACCUCUGUGAACUCACGAUGAAGACGAUGAUGUCUCACCUGUCUCAGGUGUCUCAGGUGUCUCAACAUCACCCCGGACAGUCUGAGGUCAGAGGUCAGACUGAGGAGCUUCAGUUAUGAUGAACAGAGUCAGCUGUUUAUUCUCUGGUUAACCAGAUUAUUGAUCAGAUUAUUGAUCAGUAGGGAACAAUAACAGAAAUCGAUCAUGUUCAAAGAAGAACAAACCGAUCAUUUUCAGGAGGAGAAUAAAAUCCUGACUUUGACCAAAACUUCUCUGAUAAAAACAUAUAUUUGAGUUUAUUGUUAGAAAUUCUCCUAAAUGGACUUUUUAGAAACUUUAUUCUCUGAAAUUUGGAUUUUGGACGUUUAAAGUUUGAAUAAGAUUAAAUUUGAUAAAAGUUUCUUAUUUUUGGUCCAUUUAGAAGUUUGUUUUUGUAAACCUGCUGCUUUUAUUUUGAAAUGUUGUUUUUUUCUCAGAUGUUUGAAUAAAUUGUGAGUAAAAGAUGA